CUUUAAUACUUAGUCCAUUCCAAGUCACGUGCAAUGACUGCAACUCACGUGACAUAACAAUCAUCAUCUCUUUUCAAAUGUCAAAAAUACACACAAAUGAGAAAAAUAAAAUCAAAAUUUCGCAAGAAGAAAAAUAAUCUAAAAAAAAUAAAAUAAAACAAUAUGGAUCCUCCAUCAACAAAGAGCUGGAGCAUCCAUACCCGUAAAGAGAUCACAAACAAAUACGAAAUCUUCAACCGGAUCGGCGCCGGAGCAUAUUCCGACGUAUACAAAGCACGCCGGAGAUCCGACUCAGUCACCGUCGCAUUAAAGGAAGUACACGAUUACCAGUCAGCAUUUCGAGAAAUCGAAGCGUUACAGACGCUUCAACACUGUCCGAAUGUCGUUGUGUUACACGAGUAUUUUUGGCGGGAAGAUGAAGAUGCGGUGCUCGUGUUGGAGUAUUUGCCUACGGAUUUGGGAUGUGUUAUUAGAGAAGCGACAAGUUAUGGGCCAGAGAUUGAUUUGUGGUCACUAGGUUGUAUUUUCGCAGAGCUUUUGCGUUUGGAGCCACUUUUUCCUGGAAAUGCCGACAUUGAUCAACUAGGCAGAAUUUUAAAUGUUCUCGGGAACUUAACUGAAGAAGUCUGGCCUGGUUGUGCAGAUCUUCCUGAUUACAAGAUAAUCUCAUUUGGCAAAGUAGAAAAGUCGAUUGGCCUAGAAGCAUGUCUACCCAACAGGUCAACUGACGAAAUUCUUCUCAUUAAAAAGUUGCUAUGUUUUGACCCGGCUGGUAGAGCUACUGCAAUGGAAUUACUCCACGACAAGUAUCUGAAUGAAGAUCCUUUGCCAGUCCCACCGUCUGAAUUGAGGAUCCCCUCCAAACAUAGCUCUGAUCAGGAUGAGGAUUCACUUGAUGAACUGAGUGGUCGUAGAGAUCCAAACUCCGACUCAGACUUUGAUGAUUUUGGCCCAACCAAAGUGUCAACCACAGAACAUGGUUUCUCAAUUCAGUUUUCUUGAGCUAAAAAGUCCAGUAUUUUCUAUAAUCUGUUCUCUUUUUGACCAAGGUUUUGUGAUCUAAACUGUCACAGUUUGGAAACAAUUCAUUACAGAAUGGUUGAGUUCCAGACUAACACGCGAUGAUCAACCAUCGCCUUUUGCUGCAGACGAUUUAACUUUGCAGCACUUCAUGUAUUUUGUUGGAGAGAUUCUCAAGGUUUUGCAAGUUGUAACAAUUGUGGUUUCCAAUAUUGGAACACCAAUGGAGAGACAUAGUUAUACUUACGAAUAUAUACAUAUAUAUAUAUAUAUAAUACAUUGCUUUGUUGAUGAA